CCCGAGAGAGAGAGAGAGAGAGAGAGAGAGAAAGAGAGAAGAAGAAGAAGAAGAAGAAGAAGAAGAAGAAGAAGAAGAAGCAAAGUACUACCGCAGCAUUACAAAAAAUGCCCAGAUAUUUCCAACAUUGGCUAGCUGCUGUAAUCUUGGUCAUUGUUGUUGCCAUAUUACCCUUGUCUGAAUCAUUCGACUACGGAGAAGCUCUAACAAAGAGCCUCCUCUACUUGGAGUCGCAGCGUUCCGGUCGGUUACCCCACAACCAGAGAGUCACCUGGCGCCAUCACUCCGGCCUCUCCGACGGCUUAGAACAAGGAGUGGAUUUGGUCGGAGGUUACUAUGAUGCGGGUGACAAUGUGAAGUUCGGACUGCCGAUGGCUUUUACGGUAACGAUGUUGUCGUGGGGUGUAAUUGAGUACGGUGAACAGGUAGCGGAUGCCGGAGAGUACCAACACGCGCUGGAAGCGAUCAAGUGGGGUACAGAUUAUUUCGUCAAAGCGCAUUCUCACCCCAAUGUCCUUUGGGCUCAGGUUGGUGAUGGGGACACCGAUCACUACUGUUGGCAACGGCCGGAGGACAUGACGACUUCCCGACGAGCUUACAAGCUCGACGAGAACCACCCCGGCUCAGAUGUUGCCGGAGAGACCGCGGCGGCCAUGGCAGCCGCGUCAAUCGUGUUUAGGAGAACCAACCCACAUUACUCUCACCUUCUUUUGCACCACGCCCAACAGUUGUUUGAGUUUGGUGACAAGUACAGAGGGAAAUAUGAUGAGAGUAUUGGGGUGGUGAAGGGGAAUUAUCCGUCGGUGAGUGGGUACAUGGAUGAGUUGUUGUGGGCAGCUUUGUGGAUUUAUAAGGCAACAGAGAAUGUGGAAUAUUUGAAGUAUGUGGUGGAAAAGGGGACCUCAUUUGGGGGAACCACUUGGGCCAUGACCGAGUUCAGCUGGGAUGUAAAGUACGCUGGUGUCCAAAUCAUUGCCUCCAUGUUAUUGUUGGAAGAAAAGCACAAAGAACACAAGCAAGUUCUUGAACAAUACCGUUCAAAAGCAGAGCACUACAUCUGCGCUUGCCUCAACAAGAACAACUCCACCAACCUACGACGCACCCCGGGGGGCCUCCUCUACACCCGCCAAUGGAACAACAUGCAGUACGUCUCCGCAUCCACGUUUCUCCUUACGGUCUACUCCGACCACCUCAAAAGGUUCCACCAAACGCUCGAAUGCCACGGAGGAACACUGGGUCCCGACGACAUCCUGUCCUUGGCCAAAUCGCAGGUUGACUACAUUUUGGGCUCGAAUCCAAUGGCUACGAGCUACCUAGUUGGGUAUGGGCCCACGUACCCAAAAAGGGUGCACCAUAGAGGGGCGUCCAUGGAAUCAUACAGGGAAAGCAAGGGAUUUAUUGGGUGCACACAAGGGUAUGAUAACUGGUAUGGGAAGAGACAUCCUAACCCUCACACGCUUGUUGGGGCCCUUGUGGGUGGGCCAGAUAGUGAGGAUGGUUUCGAAGAUGAUAGAGGGAAUUAUGUGCAGACUGAGGCCUGUACGUAUAAUAGUGCACCCUUGGUUGGGGUUUUUGCUAGAUUACAUGAAUUGGAAGGUGGUGAGAAAUCCAGAAUUGUAUCUUUACUCUCUUCUAGCUAAAUGUUUUUUUCUUUUUUGCAAGAGAAAAAUUCAUGUGAGAGAAUUUUGUUCAGAUUAGAAUUUGGAUUAAUUGUCAAGUAAGAAUAAAAGAGAGAUUUUUUUUAUUUUUUUUGCUUGCAGAGAAGUGUAAUAAGAUGAAGCGAAUUGAUUUAAUUUAAUUCUUUCCAUUUA